AUGGCCCGCCUCGACCCCGAAGUCAUGGUCACCGACCCGCACGACGCCGCCGACAUCGUCAGCCAGCUCCCCCACAUCAACCACGACCUCGACGAGAAGCUCCACCACGCCUCCUCCGUCUCCUCCGACGAGAAGAGCGACGCGAAACUCCAGAAGAGCACCACCAGCGUCGGCUCCGAGUCCGACGAGGCCGCCGAGGACAGGCUCUACGACGCCAACGGCAGGGAGCGCGUCCUCGAGACCGCAGAGGACUUCGCCACCGCCCUCGUCUCCCUCGAUGACGACCCCUCAAUGCCCGUCUUCACCUUCCGUAUGUGGUUCACUGGCGUCGGCCUCGCCGUCUUCGGCGCCGUCCUUGGCAUGCUCUUCCAAUUCCGGCCGCAGGUUAUCAGCGUUUCUGCACUUUUCUUGCAGCUCCUCGCCUUUAUGAUCGGACGCUUCCUGGAGUUCAUCAUUCCUCGCCCAGGAAGCCGCCUACACACCGGCAACUGGUUCUGGAACUGGAUGAACCCCGGGCCCUUCAACCUCAAGGAACAUGUAGCCGCCCAAAUUAUGGCCAACACCGCUGCAACCGCCGCCACGGCGUGCUUCGUGUUCGCCUCCGACGAUCUUUUUUACAACAUCAUAAUUAACCCUGGCAAUGCCAUCUUCACCCUCCUCGCCUCGCAGCUGAUCGGCUACGGCUUCGCAGGCAUGUUCCGCUCCUUCCUUGUCUACCCGACCGCGAUGCUGUACCCGCAGAACCUCAUCUACGUCAACCUUUUCGAUGUCCUCCACAGGCAAAAGGGCGACCUCCUCCAGGGCAAGCGGUUGCGCUUCUUCUGGAUCGUUGUCGCUUGUGUUUUCGUCUAUGAGUGGUUCCCCGAAUACAUCGCUCCCCUCCUCGGCUCGUUCAACAUCGUCUGCCUCGCCGACCGCCACUCGGACUGGGUGUCGUACAUCUUUGGCGGCGCCGAGGCUAACGAGGGCAUGGGCCUGCUUGGCUUCGGACUCGAUUGGGCCAACAUCACUUCCCAGCCGUUCUACCAGCCGCUGUCCACGCAAAUCUCCAUGUACUUUGGAUGGGCGCUGAACUACCUCAUCCUGCCCCUCGUCUUUGCUCGUAAUGUUUGGCACUCCAAAAACUUCCCCUUCAUUUCUCAGAAUCUGUUCUUUGAGAACGGCACGAUCUACGACCAGAACCUCAUCCUCAAUGCAGACUACAGCCUGAACAAGACGGCGUACGCGAUCGUCGGCCAGCCGUGGCAGAGCGGGUCCACCGUCAUCUACAACCUCGGGAUAAACCUGUCUAUCGGCGCGACGUUUAUGCAUAUUGGGCUGUGGUACGGACCGACGAUCUGGAAAGCGUUCAAGGACUACUUUACCGGCCAGCCCAUCGAUGAUCUGCACUACAGGAGGAUGCAAGUGUACAAGGAGGUGCCCCUCUGGUGGUAUGCUGCGCUCACGCUCGGAGCGUUCGUCACUGCGAUGGUCUGCAUCUACACCGAGGACUCCCAGCUCCCGUGGUGGGCCCUCAUCGUCGCGCUCCUCAUCGCCAUCAUCACUCUGCCGUUCUACGGCGCCAUGUACGCCGUCGCCGCGUGGGGCCCCGUCAUCUCGAACCUGUUCCAGAUCCUCGGCUCAGCGGUCAUCCCCGGCUCGUCCCAGGCGAACAUGUACUUUGAGCUCUACUCCAGCGGCGCGCUCGGCCAGGCGCAGUCGAUGUUGUCCGACUUGAAGCUCGGGCAGUAUACGAAGCUGCCCCCGCGGGUGACGUUCGCCGUGCAGAUCGUCGGGACCGUCGUCGGUGCGAUGCUGAACUAUGUUAUCAUGCGGGACGUCAUCAACAACGAGCGCAGUAUUCUGCUGAGCAAUGAGGGCACGCGUGUCUGGAGCGGCCAGCAGAUCCAGUCGUACAACGCGAAUGCGAUCCUCUGGGGCGCCCUCGGCAAGGAGAUCUACGGCCCUCACGGCCCGUACUUCAUCGUGCCCCUCGGUAUCGUCAUCGGCCUCGCGCUGCCCAUCAUCCCCUGGCUCAUAUACAGGAAAUUCCGCUGGUCGUGGCUCCGCCUCGUGAACACCGCCACGCUCGCCGCGAACAUCGGCGACCUUGCGGGCGGGACGAACGGGUACAUCAACACGUGGAUGACGAUCGGGCUCACGUCGCACUUCUACAUCCGCAAGUACCGCGCGGGGUGGUUCAGGAAGUACAACUACCUGUUCGGCGCCGCUGUGGAUGGGGGCGCGCAGAUCUUCGUGUUCAUCUUUUCGUUCGCGCUUGGUGGUGCCGGAGGUAAUCAGACGCCGUUCCCUACAUGGGCGCUGAACCCUGUCGGCAACGCGGAUUACUGCAAACUUACUGAAAGCCAGGGCUAG